AUGGAGAUAACAGCAUUUACUAUAUUCACUGUAUGGCUAGGAAUAUUCUCGAUUUUCUUCACUCUGAUGCCGUUUACAAUGGUACUCGAAUGGCGUCGACGAGGCACUGCUGACGGUUUCUCCUCUGUUAAUUUUGUCUUACCAAUGCUUAUGACUUCUUGCUGGUUAAAGCACGGCUACAUGACGAACGACAACACCAACAUCACUAUCAAUACGAUCAACAUAGUCUUCUUCAUACUCUACAUCGCCCUUUUCGCCUAUUAUCAACCGAAGAGGAAGUACCUUUACAGUCAGCUAUUAAUAUGUGGACUAGUGCUAAAACUGAUCUUCAUAUAUGUUGAAAUGCAAAGUAGUGAAGUAGCCUCAGACGUGAUGGGAUCGAUAGCAUCCGCCACACAGAUCGCUUCCCUCGCUGGAGGAGUCUAUGAGAUUAAGCGAGCUAUUUCCUUUGGACACACAGAGUAUCUGCCAGCGGUGUUUCAGUAUGCUAUGUUCCUACUCAUUGUGCAAUGGCUUGCAUUUGGACUGCUCACAGGAAAUCCGUACAUCGCGGUAGUAACUAAUUAUGCUAAUAACCACUUAGAGCAGUUGCCCGAAACAGUUUGUAUCGAUACCUUGGCAAUAAAUCUUUUAGAGAGAUAA